AUGGAUUCCACCGUGGUUGCUUCUUCUACCUUGAUCUCUCCAGACUCCCUAUCCAUUCAGUGGACGACAUGGAGGAGCUGGGAGUCGGUGGCAAUUAGCCUCCGGGGGAUUCCUAGAGAGUGCAACACCAAGGACAUAUGGGAUGCCUUUCACAAGGAAGGGUCGAUUGUGGCAAUCGAUAUCUGGGAUGACAGACAUGGCGAACGAUCGUCGCGGGGGAGGAUCCGAUUUCGGCCUCCUCCUUUAGAGGACUUCUGGACUCGUGGACCAUAUGUGAUCAGGGCACGCAGUGGCCGCAUUGCUGCCAUCUCUCUCUUCAUCGAGUUCAACCGCCAGCCACUGGCUGUACCCAGCCCCGUACAGCUAGGGGUUUUCUACCCCGCAGAGUUUGAGCUGCCACUUGUAAAGAUCGACUUUGGCAUCUUUUUCGGAGCGUCUACGUUUUGUCCACUGUCUUCCUUCAAGGAAUCAGCAUCACCAAAGCUGGUCAUCGAUGCAAGGCAGCGGAAAAUAUUCCUAUUUUUCAAAAUCCCAAUCCAGGUCAUUCAUACAAAGCAUAAGGUUUCCACCGCCGAGUAUUGGACAUUCAAUCCACAGUGA